CAUAUAUUUUUCUUUCAUCUUUUUGUGCAAAAAUCGGACUGAAAAAGAAAGUAUAUAAAAAUUGUGUUUAAAAGAAAUUUUUACUUCAUUUAUAAAAGUAAAAAAAAACUUUUAACAAGAACACAUUUUACGAUAGAAAAAAUACGAAUAGUGAUAAAAAUUAAAGAACAAAAAAUAUAUUUUUUAAUUUUUUCUGUGAGAAUAGCAAGGCCAAACAAAUAAAUUUGCCAAAUUGGCAAAAAGAAAAAAAAAAUCGGAAUAUCAGCAAGAAAUUGUGUAUUUUCAAUUUAAAAAAAAAGUAUUAAUAGAGUUAAAUGCAUUAUAAUACACACAGACUUUGGAAAGCGUAAAAAAGAUUCUUGGGAGUGUUUAAUACAUUGAAUUAAAAAAUAAAAAAGAAAAGAUUUUGCAUCUUUAAACACUUUUAUACAUAUAACAACGGGUCUUCAAAAAGUAUUUAAUAUAAACAACAAGUUGGUAGUUUAUUAAAGAAAAGGGAGAAAAACUACUCAAGAAUCCAAUUAAAAAAUAGAAAAGAAACGGAAAAAGGCGCGGAGUAAUAAUUUAGUUAAAUUCUCAAUUGUUUGAAAAAUAAAUAUUAAAUGGAACUAGAUUGCAAAUAAAAUGAGUCCAUAAGUUUUUAGUUGAAUUUGAGAAAGCAAUAUAAAAAACCGAGGAGAGAAAGAUACCAACUAGAGGCAUACAUAGAGAGUGGGAGCGUUAAAUUAAAAAAGAGUAUUUAAUAAAUUAAUAAAAUAGCACAAAAUACGGCAAGAUAACAAAAUACAGACAGACACCAAAGAAUUACUACAUACACAAACAUAUAAAGUAAUUUUUAUUAUUUUACCUUAAUUUAUUUCUGACAAGUACUUUCAUACAAACAUUAAGAAGAUACAUUGAAAAGAAGCAUAAUUAGUAGAAGUAAAUAAAUAAAAAAAAAAAUAAUUUUUAGAAUGGUCAAUACGCAAGAGCACAGCAACAAUAACAAGAGUGCAAAUGUUAAUGAAAUUGAACAGUUGAAGGAUUCGUCCACGAAUUCCACGACAACACCAUUAACUACAGCAGCAAGAAGCAGCAUUCAUAAUAGUGUAGGUUCUACGUCGUCCACCACUUCCGACUCAUCUACAACAUCAUCAACAUCAAACUCAUCUUCACCAUCAUCCGCAACAACACCUGUAAAGCCUUUGUCGUCUACAACAAAUUUUGCUAAAAAUGCUUCAGCACAAGCCGCUACAGCUGGUUCACAAACUCAUCACAAAUUGAUACCCAUACAAAGUGUACUACACACAGCUGAUCACCAGCAUUACAAUCAACAACAUCAUCAUACGCAUCAUAAUUCGUCUCUUAAUCAUUCAUCUGUAAAUCAGCAGUUGCAGCAGAGUGGUGCAACUUCUCAUCUUAAUGCUCAUAACACCUCUACAUUACAACAGUUUCUUAGCGGCGGUGCCAAUACUAACGUCAACACUGCAACCGCCACUCAUGCCCAGUUGCCAUCCGAGUUGCCACAUGAGGAUGAGGAACGCUUGGAAAAUCUCUUCAAUCAACUUGAUCGGGACGGUAAUGGUCGCAUCGAUAUACACGAUCUCUCAGAAGCCUUGCGGGAAUUUGGUCUGUCGAGCGUUUAUGCUGAGAAAUUUUUGGAACACUCUGAUCAAACACAAAGUGGAGAUGUGGGACUCGCUGAAUUUGUUCAUUAUGUGCGAGAACAUGAGAAAAACUUACGUUUGCAAUUUUCUCAUUUGGACAAAAAUCGAGAUGGCAAAGUCGAUUUGGAAGAGUUGAUAACGGCAUUUAAGGAAUUAGGUAUUGAAGUUGACAUGGAAGAAGCUAAGAUAUUAUUAUCAAGAAUGGAUCAAGAUGGCAGUUUAAAUAUUAGUUUUAAUGAAUGGCGUGAUUUUCUGUUAUUGGCACCUUCAUCGGAUAUACACGACUUAAUUAAGUUUUGGCGGCAUUCUACUUACCUCGAUAUUGGUGAGGAUAUGAACGUACCUGAUGACUUUACAGCAACAGAAUUACAAAGUGGCAUGUGGUGGCGCCAUUUGGCAGCUGGUGGUGUUGCUGGUGCUGUAUCACGUACAUGCACAGCUCCCUUAGAUAGAAUAAAAGUGUUUUUGCAGGUCCAAACACACAAGACAGGAAUCUCAGAUAGUUUAAGGUAUAUGCUUAAGGAGGGCGGUUUACGUAGUAUGUGGCGUGGUAAUGGUAUUAAUGUUAUAAAAAUUGCCCCCGAAUCGGCUAUAAAAUUUGCUGCCUAUGAGAAAAUUAAACGACUGAUACGUGGCGACGAUAAACGUCAAAUGACAAUUGGUGAACGUUUUAUGGCCGGUGCUGCAGCCGGUGGCAUUUCCCAGACCGCUAUCUACCCCAUGGAAGUAUUAAAGACACGUUUAGCAUUGCGCAAAACUGGCCAAUACAGUGGUAUUUUGGAUGCGGCGAAAAAGAUUUACAUCCAUGAGGGUUUACGCAGUUUCUAUCGCGGUUACAUUCCAAAUAUGUUGGGCAUUAUACCAUACGCUGGCAUUGACUUGGCCGUCUACGAAACUCUAAAGAAGAAUUAUUUAAGUAGUCACAAUACAGAACAACCCAGUUUUCUAGUAUUACUAGCGUGUGGCAGUGCAUCCUCAACGUUGGGUCAAGUGUGUUCAUAUCCUUUGGCACUAGUGAGGACACGACUACAAGCUCAAGUCGUGCUUAAAUCGAAACAAAGUGGAUCACCUAUGGGCGGCAUACCCUUGAAACAAGCUGGUGCUGGCAAUGAUGACAACAUGUUUGGCGUAUUUCGUAAAAUUUUAAGGACAGAGGGCAUUUGUGGUCUUUAUCGUGGCAUAACACCCAAUUUCAUAAAGGUUCUACCAGCCGUUUCCAUAAGUUAUGUGGUCUAUGAAUACUCUAGCAGAUGUUUGGGUGUUAAUAUGACAUGAUGUGUUUGCAAUAAAACAAUCAUUAUUUAUAUGACUUGCUACAUUAAAUUUACAUCCGAACAAACAACAAACAAACCAACUAAAUAAAUCAGCAGCUGUGCUUGCUCUCUUUUCUUCGUCAUCUUCUUCCCAAACAAUUAUCGAUCUAACAUAUAUUUUAAACUCUCUUCGACCGUCACCUUUCACACCAACACCAUCCCCAACAACUCUAACCUUACUACAUAUAUAAAUUAUAUUACGUUUACUGUAAUCUUAACAUU